GCGGGGAAGCUGGCGGCCCCGCGGCGGUCUGGCCCUCCGCUCGGGUUCCUAGCCAGCCCCGCGGCCGGCAGUUCGGUUGCCAGUUGGUGCGUUGGUCUUGCUGCAUCGUGUGGAGGCCUCCUCUGGGGGAAAAGGUCUUUUCUUUGUCUCCGAGUUGCUUUUAAUACUCAAAACCGACAACACAUGCAUGGGUGAGACCGUGUACGCUGGAAACGGCCCCCGGGGCUGUUAUCUCCCCUCCAUCUCCAGAGCACCCUGCAGCAGAGAGCUGGAGAAGGUUCAAGAGAGAGGAGACCCUGGCAUGACAAUGAUGGAGAAGAGAUACAGUGAUGUUCUGGAACCUAAGGGAUGCUUUGCCAGUACAACAUCCUCGGACAGAAAGGUCAGCCCCUCGUCUUCUGUUGAAACAUGUCCUAGUGUGAGCGAGCCUCCAGGCCCCGGCAAAGUGUCCGUUCACCUAGACUCUGCUACGGAUUUGGAUCUGAAAUCCUCCUCCUCACAUUCUGAUCAGUCCUCUGAAACCUCAUUGCCUGAAGUCCCCAAGGAUGAAUGUCCCAAGGAGUUCAGCCUGCUGAAGUUUCAGACAAAAGAUGGGCACCGUCCUGAGUGGACGUUUUACCCGAGGUUUAGCAGCAGUAUCCACACCUACCACGUUGGAAAGCAGUGCUUCUUUAACGGGGUCUUCCUCGGCAACAGGAGGUCUCUAUCAGAGAGGAUGGUGGACAAGUGCUUUGGGCGGAAGAAAUAUGAUAUUGAUCCUAGGAAUGGAAUACCAAAGUUAACUCCAGGAGAUAAUCCAUAUAUGUACCCAGAACAGAGUAAAGGCUUCCACAAAGCAGGGUCAACUCUCCCACCAGUGAAUUUCUCAACAGUGCCUUAUGAAAAGAAAUUUGAUACAUUUAUUCCACUUGAGCCUCUUCCACAAAUUCCUGUCUUGCCUUUCUGGGUGAAGGAGAAGGCCAACAGGCUGAAGAAUGAGAUAAGAGAGGUUGAGGAGCUUGACAAUUGGCACCCAGCGGUCCCCUUGAUGCACACUUUAUUCCCUGCUGGUGGGUUAAAGGACCUUCAAAGAAUAGUAUAAAACCAGCGGCAAGGCCAGAAGAGCAGACUUUUGAGAGGUUUUCCAGUGGAGAGGAGAGAAGGCAGAGCCUCUCCCAGAGUGGAUGGUAUCUUUUGCCCCAACGUGGUCUCUUAGGCUGACGUCAUGGCCGUGCAUCACUGGUUGAGUGUGUUGGUUGAGGACUCUUAGUCUUGUAAUGGAGCACAACCUUUAACUCCGUGCCUCUAUCCACAGGUUCUUUGGACUCGCCAAGACAACCCUAAACAGGAACAGGCCCACAGAGCAUGCACUGACUGUACUCGGGAGAGCCUCUUCCAAUUGAUCACUUCUGUCAGUGUGAUUGUUCUAAAUCAAAUGUUUGACUUUGAUGAGUAA